UGGUAUUUCUUAACAUCAAUUUUCACUUGAGUUUGGCUGUAAUCAUGGAGGAGUACGCCAGAGAACCAUGUCCUUGGCGUAUUGUGGAUGACUGUGGGGGUGCCUUCACCAUGGGAGUCAUUGGUGGAGGACUUUUCCAAGCUGUUAAAGGCUUCAGAAAUGCUCCAACAGGGGUUGACAAGACGAUUUGUUGCAGCAUGGUUGCAAUUAAACAGCGGGCACCAAUUGUUGGCGGGCAGUUUGCAGUCUGGGGUGGGUUGUUUUCAACCAUUGAUUGCUCUCUUGUGUACAUGCGUAAAAAGGAGGAUCCAUGGAAUUCCAUCAUCUCAGGCGCUGCCACGGUAGUAUUUUGGCAGCAAGAAGUGGAGCUGCAGCAAUGGCUGGAAGUGCUGUGAUUGGUGGAAUGUUACUGGCCAUGAUUGAAGGUGUGGGCAUCCUGCUUACACGCUUUACCUCUGAGCAGUUCAAGCCCAUAGCCCCAGGAGAAAUGGGUGACCCAUCGGUCUUAGGUCCUCCUCAACCCAUGACCUUAAACCCAGAAGCAAAUUACCAAUAAAUGUGUUAACUUACACCAUCUCUAUCAGAUAUGCUUAGAAUUUAAGUAAGACAGAUGACUUUUAUGCUCCUGAUAAAAGGCACUUGGAGGGGGGGCAUUGAUGAAUACACCAAUUUUUUUUAAAUAGAUUACCGGUAUCACCGGUAAUAAUUUAUUUACAUAACCUUAAAAUAUAAUAAAUUUCCUAUUUUUUGACACUGGUUUCAUCAUAAUUGUGUAAUGGGUUACAGAAAUACACAGAAAAUACAUCACUUCAACUUUAACCACAAUUAUCUCAAAAAGUGAUUUUGGCCUAUUCUCAGAGUGCCUCAUAUGUACCAUGAGAAAUAUUUGAGCAUUUGCAAAAACUUUAUAUUGUCAAAUGUCCUUUUAUAAUAAGGAAAAGGCCAGGAUACACUACCUGGAAAUUCAGGAUAAAUGAUAUGCUUACAGCAUAUGGUAGAUAUUGUGCAUUGUGGACUUAAAUGAAUGAAAGGCAGUAAGUGUGUUAGUUUUAAAGGUAGCAUUUGGCUUUGAUAGCUGUAAUUGUCAUCCUGGUAGUUCCUAAUUGUUUUUCCUGAGGAAUGGGAUGAUAAUUCCAUCUUGUGUUUACAGUCUGCAGUCACUAAUGAGGUACUGUAUAUUUUUUUUUUUUUUUUUAUUUUGUGUCAAGUGCAGAAGGUAUGGAAAAUAGUUGUCUUUAGAAUGUGUGGAAAAUGUUUUGUAUUAGUCUUUCCAAUAUUCUUGUUGAGUUAAGAUGUAGAUGGAUGGUUUGGUUGUUACACUUCAUCAUUGUCUUAGGGAUUAUUGCUUCAUUCCCAUGUAAUGUGAUAGAGCACUUUGUUUUCUUUUGCUAAAUGACGUGGGAGUGAAGCACAUGUGGAGCAUUUUUCUCCAUGUAAAUACUGUACAGUAUGUCUGUGAAUUCACAGAAGGUACGUUAAAUUUAUCUUACUUUUUUUUAUAGGUUAUCUUAAUAUGUAAUUAUGAACUUGUAAUAUUUAGAUGUAUGAUUUUUAAAAUGGAAAUGUUGUUUUUUAUAAAAAAAAUAAAAACACUUAUUAGACUUUAUCAACAUCUUAUAGCAUCCUGAAACAUGUUUAAUGUUUAUAAAGUGACUUAUGUAACAGAUGAAUAUAAUACAGUACAAUGUUCUG